ACACGUUGUUAUGACAUUUUAAAUUAAAUUGUUCAACUAACAAAAGCUCGUACGAAAUAUUUGUCACGUCAACAACGGAGUCAAGAAUAAGCACAUACAGUCUCCUUUUAAUAUUUCCUGAAGCUAUUAACACUUAAAAGUUUCAAGUGUAAGCGAUUUUAAUUUGUCAGUUAACUAUUUUCCCCAUAUCCGUGAUAUAGUAUGAUAUGAUCAGUGGUCGAUUUGUCGACUUUUGAAAUAUUGGAUUCACCAGUCAUUGGAGAUAGUAUAUGCAGACAUCUGUUGAGCAGAUAUUUCUACCAGCCUCAUUUGUAAGGCUGGGUAUGUUUCUCAUCUAGCAUGACGUUUUGACUAACCCGCCUCGGGAAGUAGGAACAUUAAAGCACUGGCUCAGAACCGUAAGGGACCAUAUGACGCGUACCAAUGUUGAAGAUGAGUCCGAGGAGGAAGCGGUCGUGACUGAGGCGGAAGAGACCGUUUCCACCUUCAGUUUCCCUAGUACGUUGCCAUCAGGCCCCUCCAAUGAGUCCGCCUCGUUGAAGCCGCCGAAACCGCUGAUCGUUGCCCAAGGACAUCGGGACCCAUGCCUCUGGUGGCCCCGGCAUGGGAUCGAAACCGACGGUUCAGUGCCGAAGAUUUGUGUAGCCACCAGAAAGGUGGUCUACCCAGCAUUCUCGAGAUGGCGCGUGAGAUCGCCCCCGUUGUGGUUCGUCACGUGCCCAAAACCAUUCACAUGUCUCAGACCGUGGAAUUGUCGAGAGACCAUAGGUUUUGGGCGCGUGGAGAUCGAACCGACCGUCUCCAAAGUGCUAUUAAAUCCGAAGUCGGUAAUAACACCACAGAGACCAUAUGCUUAAUCGCAUUUUUAAUCGCAUAUUUAAUUGGCAGUAGAUAGAA